AGGGAAGGAGGGAGGAGGUGGGAGCCAGGGUUUCCCAGACUCUUGGGGUGACAGUAGACAUAGCAAGUGUGCGCUGAGCGGCGAGGGACUCAACGAGCAGAACGUAUCCUGGCUUUGCCAUCUUGGAGCCGGGUGCCGAGUCUAGGGAGAGAGCUGUGUUGUGGCUAGGGCAGCUGGAAACCCAUUCGUGAGGAAGAUGGAGGCUGGCUGCCCCCGUGGGUCCCCAGUGCCCCACUGUCUGCGCACCGAGCCUGGCCAGGGGCAGAGUGACUGUCUUCUCCCAAAGUGCUGCUGAGUUGGGGUGGGGGGUUCCAGAAAACAUCUCGUAAUCCCUUCCUCCCCCUUCGCUUCCUGUCAAGGCUUCAGUUAAGAGCUCGCUCUCCCCUGCCUCCCAGAGAGCCCUCAGUGGCAGAAACAGCCCUGAGCCCAGACGGUGCCCUGCCAGCUUAAAGACCUUUAAGGGGACCGGCUGUGCCUUAUCAAGAUGGUAGACACCGAGAGCCAGAUCUGCCCCCUUUCUCCCUUCGGUGAUGAUGAUCUGGAAAGCCCACUCUCAGAAGAGUUUCUCCAAGAGAUGGGGAGCAUCCAGGAAAUCUCUCCAUCCAUUGGCGAUGACAGCUCGGGCACCUUUGCUUUUGCAGAGUAUCGCUGUUUGGGAAGUGGUCCAGGCUCAGACGGCUCCAUCAUUACAGACACUCUGUCCCCAGCGUCCAGUCCUUCGUCUGUGAGUUACACCCCAAUCGCAGGCAGUGCUGAUGACUCUUCCAGUGCUACCUUAAACAUAGAGUGCAGAAUUUGUGGGGACAAAGCCUCUGGCUACCAUUAUGGUGUGCAUGCCUGUGAAGGUUGCAAGGGCUUUUUCCGGAGGACUAUUCGCCUUAAGCUUGCCUAUGACAAGUGUGACCGCAGCUGUAAAAUUCAAAAAAAGAAUCGUAACAAGUGUCAAUAUUGCCGUUUCCAGAAGUGCCUUUCAGUUGGAAUGUCACACAAUGCCAUCCGUUUUGGGAGAAUGCCAAGAUCUGAAAAAGCAAAAUUAAAAGCAGAGAUUCUUACAUGUGAACACGAUUUAGAAGAUUCAGAAGUUGCAGAUCUCAAGUCUCUUGCCAAGCGCAUUUAUGAAGCCUACCUGAAAAACUUUAACAUGAACAAGAUCAAGGCCAGAAUCAUCCUGGCAGGGAAGGCCAGCAACAACCCACCUUUUGUCAUCCACGACAUGGAGACCCUGUGCAUGGCAGAGAAGACACUUGUGGCCAAGCUGGUGGCCAAUGGGAUCCAGAACAAGGAGGCUGAGGUGCGGAUAUUCCACUGCUGCCAAUGUACCUCGGUAGAGACUGUCACGGAGCUGACAGAGUUCGCUAAAUCGAUCCCUGGCUUCUCGAAUCUAAACCUGAAUGAUCAGGUGACUUUGUUAAAGUAUGGGGUCUAUGAAGCAAUAUUUGCAAUGUUGUCAUCAGUAAUGAACAAAGAUGGCAUGUUGGUGGCCUACGGAAACGGUUUCAUAACCCGCGAGUUUCUGAAAAGUUUAAGAAAACCAUUUUGUGACAUCAUGGAACCUAAAUUUGAUUUUGCAAUGAAAUUCAAUGCCUUGGAACUGGAUGAUAGCGACAUUUCCCUUUUUGUGGCUGCUAUAAUCUGCUGUGGAGAUGCCCUCUUUUUCCUUCUGAGACUAGAUCGGCCCGGCCUCUUGAACGUGGGACACAUUGAGAGAAUGCAGGAGAGCAUCGUGCACGUGCUCCAGCUUCACCUGCAAAACAACCACCCUGAUGAUGUCUUCCUUUUCCCCAAGUUGCUCCAGAAGAUGGCGGACCUUCGGCAGCUGGUCACGGAGCACGCUCAGCUGGUGCAAGUCAUCAAAAAGACUGAAUCUGAUGCUGCCCUGCAUCCUUUGCUGCAAGAAAUCUACAGGGAUAUGUAUUGAGUUUUUUAGGUUUUUUUUUUUAAGACAGAACUUUUUCCAGAAUAUUUAAAGCCAACAGAAAUAUUAAUGAUAGAUGGGAGCAAAAAGACUUUGCACAAAUGUCAGCUGUGUUUUAAUCCUAGAACAUGGAAAUCAAUCAUGAUCUAGACAGCUGGAAUACCACAUUUCUAUUGGUUUUUGAAACAGUAUUUCAGAGAGUUUGCCAAGUAUCCAAAAGCUGAUGAUGAGAGGGUCUUGGAUAGUUAGGGUGGGAUUGGGAGAUUCCAUCUGAUUCUAUUAAGGCACAUGAUUUUGAUCAAUGCCGACUUAUUUAUAUUAUAUGAUUUAGUAUUUGGUUAAUUGGUAACCUCAUAGUAAGGACUUUGCUCUGCUUAUCACCUUUGGGUUCUCAUCCUCAUUCUAUGCUAGUCUGGAUAACAAUGGAGCCUUCCUGAUAAGGCCCUCAAGUCAUCUUGGGGGGGGAGGGAAUCAAAGGGAAAGGCAGGGCUGGGGUGCUCAAUAAGCAGCAAAGGAUUCUUAGAUUUCACUUCCCAGAAUUUCAAGGAGGGUGAUGGCACUUUUCUAACUAAGAUCUUUCCCAAAGGCUUUUUUUUUUUAAUUAGACAGCCAGAAAUCCAGGGGUUGCACUAGAUACCCACAAUCGCAGUUGUUGAGAUGGUGCCAAGACAGCUGGUCUCCACUUUAUGCAGUAAACUCCAGGUUGGUGCUGGUUUGCAGAAGGACUUCAGUGCUUAACAUCCCAAAUUCUGAACCAGCUUCUUGGGUCAGCAGGAACUAGGAGUGGCAUCUGAAUCUUAGAAUCUGACUAUCAGGGCCAGAAAGGACCUAGUUAUCUCAUCGGGUCUUUUUCCUCUUCCAGCUGACAAAUGGAAACUGCUUGAGGGGAGGGGCUCUUCCAGCUCUGCCCACCUGCCUCUCCCUCCAGGGCCAUUCAGUCUUUCUCACCGGAUUCGGCCAAACGCCACACUCUUCUCUUGUUCCUCACUCUCUUCCCACCUGGACUUGCUACCUGGCUGACUUGCCUCCUUUCCCUGUCACACCUCUCCUCAAUAACGCCUAUUUAGGGUGUGUUGGUUUUGCCAGUUCUUGUGACCCAGCCCUUCUCCUGCCCCUCUUGGAUCUUUCUCCCACCUCAGGAUCCAUCAGUACAAAUUGCUUCCUCCCCCAGAGAUGAACCAGCAUGAUUUGGACCCUAUUGACCAUGGCACAUGCCUAGGGAUUCAUUCUUAACAUCCUAUCCGCCUUUUCCCUUCUUUUCCCUUGUCUGCAUUUUGUCAGGUUGGUUUCUUUGGUCCUUUUUUCUGUGACUUUUUAGCCUUUUUUGAUAACAGAAACUCCCUAGUGGAAAAAAUGAAGACAGUUGGAUUCAGGAUGUUGGAUGGCCUGGCCAACUUACCUUCGCUAACGGAAAUGACCUGGGGAAACGUGGAGAUUCCCUAUUCUUCAGAAUAGAUGGCAGCUUCUGCUUAACUCUCAGGGUUUAACAACAUCUUGGUUUUUUUGGCAAUACCUAGUGAGCCCAGUCUCCUUUUAUUUGCCAUGUCAAACUAUUCCCAGGGUCGCUGUUUCCAACAGCCACAGAAAUCUUGAUCACAAGAACUGAAGAUCACCUUCUACAUUUCUGUCCACUUUUCUACAUUUGGGGUUAUCAAUCUAAAAAAUGUUGAAUUGAGAAUGCCUUCUCCUUACGUGCUAGUUAUAAUAGAGAAACAGCCUCCAGAGCAUCCUGUCAGCACUAGCCCCUGCCACCAGAAAACUGCAUCCUCAUCUCGCUCCUGCUAAUUCAGACUCCCAGGGAAAAAGCACUUUCUUUCCCAACCAGGAGCACUGGACCCCACUGAGGUCUUGAUGUUCUAUGGCCAGUGAGCCGGCUGGACCCUUUGCCCCUCAGUCCAGUCUCACCAGUCACAUUAGAUUCAGAAUGUCAGCACCAGCAGAGCUGGCGCCAUCACCAACUCCUCCCUCAUUUCUUGAUGAGGAUGAGGUCAUGGCAUGUCCUGUCUUGAGAUUGUCAGGAAUUCUGCUGAGGAAGAACCUUAAUAAUAUGUUAUAGAGAUGAGAAAUAAAAUGGAAAGGAAUUUCCAGCUUAGCUGGCAUUCAGCCUAAGUUCAUAGAUCCAGGGCUAUAAGAGACCUCAGAGGCCUCCUAAUCUAACCCCCUCAUUCUACAGAGGAGGAAACUGAGACCAGGGAGGCUGAGAGACUUCCUGAGGCCACCCAGGUGAUAAGUGUCAGAGGUGGGAUUCACAGCCAAGUCCUCUGGCCCCAGAACCAGCAAAUCCCCUUUCCAGGAUGCUGGGGCUGCUGAUAUCAUUUUGUGGGUGUGGCUCACUCUCUAAAUACAGGCAGGACAGCAGUUUGUAUCUAGCAACACUGCCUGAGCAGAGGCCCCCAUUUUGACUCGGGAAGGCAGAAGGCAGGAGCCUUAUUUUAUUUCAGUUUGUCCAGGCUGACAGCACAGACAACCUGAGCUGUCUCAGAUGACUGACUCCUGUGAAAGGGCAGGUGUAAACUCUAGGUGAUGAGGCUAGACACCUGAAGGGUGAUUCUGCUGGGCUCUGGUUGGGUCCCAGCAGUGCUGACCAUCAUAUCCUUAGUGCGUGGAGGUUUGCAGCAUCUCAUCACCCAUCAAUGACCAUAAAACAUUUGCUCCAAGUCUCUAUAAAUUUAAGUCCUGUGGCCAUGUAAGGCAAAGAUUCUGCCAGGCUCUUUUCUAUGUGGGAUUAUGGUCUCAAGGAGAGCUCAGAGAGCAUGGCACAGCCCACUCCAAACAGGGAUAAGCAAACUCCCCAGGGAGGGGAAUGGACCUGCCUGAAUCACAUGGCCAGUCCUCCCCACUGCCAUCCCAGAGAUCUCCAUGUCCUUGUUAGAAUAGAAAAUCUGGAUAACCGAAGGGCUGCUCAUUGAAUUUUCCUCUACAAUCUUGGACUAAGCAAGUUCAAAUCCCAGAGAAAAUUAUCAACACGCACAUUCCUCUGGUGGUCCCUGCACAGAAAUGGGUCUUGCGACUUCUGUCUAUGCUGCCAGCUUCCCCAGUCUGGGGCAGGUCACCACUGGCCACUGUUUCAAUCCAUCUUUCAGCUGAGUGAACAGUGGGACAACACCCCUGUAUCCAGGGGUCUGAGACCAAGCAAGGCCCCCUCCCCACAGGACUCAAGGGAAGCCACUCCCCUCCAGUGCUCCUACUUUUGAAAUCCACGCACUGGAGCAGGGACCACCUUCUCUGCAAGACUGCAGGCUUGCUCUCAUUCUGGGCCUGAUGGUGAAGAGGUCUGAGAAGGACAUGCAGUCACACCAUUGGGCAUUAGGUGUCUAUUCAGAAUGGAGAAUGAGACCAAAGCCAGAUUCUUACAUCCUGUCUCCAUCAGAGUUGGGCUUAUAUAUGACAGAGUCAUAAAACAAACAUUGGCUUAUUGUCCCUGUUCUGUUCAAUGUUCCCCAGACCUUUAUUACAAACCCCUGUGGGGCAAAAUUAACAUCUGUUUGACCUGACAAAGAGUAGAGGGAGGUGACUGACAGAUUCUGAGCACCAAGGAACAUGCCCCUCACAUUCCCGAUUUGAAGGAAGGCUUCAUUUUUUUUUUAAGGGACAGAGUCCCAGGCCCUAAAAAAGAGUAACUGAGGGUUGUUUCCAUUGGGCCAAAUCUCUUCCUCUGAAAGUUAGAAUUUGAUAAGUAUAUGGUAACCUUAGAAGAGAGAACCUUAGAACCUCAUCGCUGGGACCACCAUGACUAAUGUCCUCGAGCUGAUAUGGAGCAGAGGGGAGGAGACUUGCCUGGAGCGCAGGCCUUGGCCUCCAGGGAUCCUUCAACUCUCCCUCAUGGGCUCUGUCCCGGGUCCACAAGCACCAAGCACAACCCAGCCUUUUCAUGAUUUCAUCAUGAGAUCUGACACUCUUGUGCAGUCCAACAGUGCCUCGGGAGAUGCUUACAACUAGGCAGUGCUAACAACUACUGUAUUCCAGACACUGAAACUUAUUUUUUUUUAACAGGGCUGAGAGAUGUGGGUAGGGAGCCCUCGGUAUGAAUGAAAAGGCUAAAACAGCCCCUCCUCCACAGGCCUGUGUGCUCCUUGCUGCUCUGGGGCAGGGCACUCUGUCCUCUGAGGCACUAACACUCUUCCCCUCCCCGAAUCCAUGAAUCUCCCACCAGGCAGAACCCUGGGCCUGUCUGUCACCAGGGAGAUGCCCCUGGAGAGUGGGCAAGCUAAAGCUGAUCAAGCCAAGGCCCCAAAAUAAGCCCAAGGAAAAGGGUGAAUGGCUAGUAGUCAGGAAAGCAUCAGAGAAACAGGAGCAGUGGCAGGUCUGGGCCAGGCCUUGCCAUCGGUGAUGGGCCCUCAGACAGGGCUGGGAAUGCAAAAGCUGCCCCUGCAGGCCCACAUGUCUUCAUUUUGGAACCCAAGCAGCAGGGCCUGGAACUGUCCAGCCAAAAGCAGACGCCGUGCCUGAGGGUCCCCAAAGGCAGAUCUUCCUACUUUCUGUUUCCAUCUGGUACUUUCAGAUUUACCUUUGACGCUGCUGCUCUCCAUGGGCAGGGCAGCCUCUGCUCCUUUGACGGCUGACUCCUCCAGCUAACCUGGAGCUGAGGCUUACUCAUUACUUCGCUUUUUUUUUUCCCUUAUUUUGCAAAGCACUUUUCUUAUACAAUCAUAUGAGGGAGGCAGAUGGACUAAUCUCCACUUUAUAGGGAUGGAAGCUAAGCCUGAGAGAGGCUGGCUGACCUGUGUGGGGUCACCCCAAGGCCUCUCAAGUCUCCUUCCCUGUCAACUCCCAACGGGUCCUUGGCCCCAAGGAGGGAAAAAGCAAACUGGUCACUGUCAGCAGGGACCGCUGAACACUCAAUGGUCCUGUUAACUGUCUGUCAGCAGCAGGAUGGUCUUUGGCUCCACUGUCCCAAGGCCCCCUGGAUAGGGGCAUCAGCUCCCUAUGAACAUGCACUGCUCCCUUGGGAAGCCUCCACACUGACACGGUACAGUACCAAGAGCCCACCUCAGCUGCAGGUCAGGGUCUGCCAUUUACUGUAAGCUAGGUCAUUUCUUUCUGAGCCUCAGUUUCUUCCUUUGUAAAAUGGGGAUGAUGAUACCGGGGUUGCCUGCCUUCCAGAAGGUCUGCAAGGGAAAGCCUUCGUUAAGGACAGAGAGCCAGCUCUAAAGAGGAGGGUCAUGUUGCCUCUCCACCAAUCCAGAUACAGAUGACGGCAGGAACAAGGAGAAGGAGCUCAGCACCAUCAGUUACUGGGCGAGCAAGAGGGCUCUGUUGUCUGGCAGCCACACCACAAGCCUCCACUCAAAGGAUCCAUGCCCACCAAACAGCCUGGGUGAUAAAGAGCAAUGACCAAGGAGCAUGCUCUCCUUGUCCACGUGCCCCAGCCACGUGCUGCAGCCUCGACAGAAAGGCACAGAGGAACAGAAAGGAAGCUAGGUUCUGCCCUGGGUCGUCCUCUCUCAGCUGGCUGGAGGAGCUCUCCCUUUCGGCUCUAAAGACUUCAUCCUACCAAAAACACUCCUGCAGCAUGAAGAAUUAAUCCUUUCAUUUGACGAAAUUUCCAGUGAGUACCUUUUCACAAACUGAAUGGUAGGUUUUUAUGGAGCCAUUCAUCCCACAAAGCUUUGGGGCUGUCUUCUGAUGCACCCAGAAAGGAAAGAAUCCCCCUUGUAAAACAUGUAAUACAGGUCUGGUCUUGAUCGGAUGAUGCCGACAAAGCAUGUCAGAAGAUCAACGUGUGAGACGCCACCUGCUAACCAUUUCCUAGCAGACUGGUGCCUCUGGCCACCAGGGCAGGCAAGGGUAGCCUGGAAACUCCCAGGAAUUCUGGAAACUUUAGAACCAUAGUGGCUUGCUCAGAGCUUUGGGUUUGCUGGGAUGUCGUCAAAAACAAUAUUGGAAUGUCUAGACCUCACUAGUGGGAAACAACAAGGGAGCGGUAGAUGGGCAGCAAAAGGCUGGGAUUCCAGCCCUGCUCCAUCCUCUGGGUGCCCAGUGGGUCUCAGUCUUCCCCACUUGUUAACUGGGCAAUAACGUUUAUGCUGCUCAGCUCACAGGACACCGUGAGCAAAGACUGUUAUACAUCAAGUGCCAGGGAAACAUGCUCUCCAUCCUUAAAGUUGGGAGAGGUCUUGGACCAGGGAUGCCUUGUAAUGUCAGUUCAAAAAUGUAUGAGGAAUGAAGUUUAGCAUUUUUUUAAAAAAAUGUGUGGGGGACGGGGAGUCUAUGGAAAAUAUGCUACUCAGGUUGUUUCAGAAGGAAUCACGCUGGAAGCAACAUUAAAGAUCAGCUAGUCCAAGCUCACUAUUUUACAGGUCAGGAAACUGAGGCCGUGGAGGCUGUGUGCCCACGGUUACAUAGGUGGCGACAACAGAGAAUCAAAGGAGCAGGCCUACUGACUCCAUUCUGCUCUUCUUCCUGCCCUAUGCUGCCUUCACCAUUCCAAGGAGAUCUUUUGAGAAGCUUGGCAUCUCUCAGCACUCAGCAACACUUGGACAUGAAUGUGUUUCAAAGGGUCUUGUGCAGGGAAGUCAGUGCUUUGGGGGCAUCUCAGGUCACUUCUUGGAAGGCCUACUGAGACUAGGAACAUUACUGAGUGCCUUCAAAGCCCAUGGUUAACCAUCCCCUAACCUUAGCAGUUACAUUCACAGGUUCAUAGCUGCCUGAAAGAGGAAGACUAUGUUUGUCCCACUAUGUGGAAUGAAACCCAACCACCCCCAAAAAGAUGCACCUCAUGAGCACUGCUUCAGACAUGUCGCUUUUUGAUGCCCUAGCUGGGGCUCCUGUGAAAGGGUGAAGGCAGAGCCGCCCUACUCCCCAUCCCCUCUGUGCCUUGAAAGACUAGGCGGUCCUACACCUAGAGGGCCAAGAGAUGCAGGGAACGCCAAACCUCGGCGGCCCUCUGAAAAGACCUGGGGUCUCCAAGCCCUAGACCCCACUGCUCAGGUGAGAGCUGUCCCUCUGCCUUACCUACACAAGCCAGCUGCUAGAGGGCUUGAGUCCAGGUCUGAAGCGCUCAGGGCAAGCUUCCACUGAUCAUUUCAAGUCAUUCCUCUUUUAAAAAUGGCAGCAGUGCCCAGCGCAGGGGAAAUGGUGAGUGCUUUGGAGUGUCUGCAUGAAUGUAUGCAUUAUGACUGAAUGGAUGAACAAAGGAAGGCUUCACUUGGGCAACUGUCUCCUCUUCUGCCCUCCAGGCUGAUGCUGGGAGCCAUUUCUCAGGCUCUUUCCAUGUCCUUGUGAUGGAAAAUCCAUUGUGGUGACAGCUGGAGGGGCACUCCAUUUCUAGAGUAAUAUUUGGGUCACUUGACAAACCCCAUAAUCAACCAAAGUAACAUUUGUGAUAUACAUGAUAGGCUUUUAAAUCUGUGUCUUCUGUGAAUUCUUAAGGAUGUCAAUAAGGUGCAUGGUUUUCUGGCAACUUAGAAAUACAAAGUGGAUAGAACAAAACAAAGCUCUGGUCAUUUCGAUUUAAAAGCCAUUUCAUUUCUUUUUUAAUUAAAUCGUUUUUUUUCAAUUAACAGGCAUUUAUUUUCUCUCAUCAUCUCCCUUUCUCCUCCAUAGCGGAAAAAAAAAGGCAAAACAAAUCCCUUGUAACAAAUAUGCAGUCAAGCGAAACAUAUCCCCACAUUGGGCAGGUCCACAAAUGUCUGUCUCAUUGUGCAUACAGAUUCCAUCCCCAAUUUGUCAGGACGUAGGCAGCAUGUUUCAAUCUUGGUCCUUCAGAAUCGCGGCUGGCCAUUGCAGUGACUCAAGAUCCUAAGUCUUUCGAAGUUGUUUAUCUUUACAGUGUUCUUACUGUACACAGCAUUCUCCCGGUUCUGUUCACUUCCCCCUAAGUCAGUUCAGAAGUGUCUUCCCAGGUUUCUCUGAAGCCAUCUUUUUCAUUUCUUGACACACAAGAGUAGUCUAUUACAUUCAUACGCCAUAAUUUGUUCAGGUACUCCCCAACUGAUGGCUUCUAACUCUUCUUUCUUUGAUCUCUCUGAGGUAUAAGCCAAGUAAGGGUGUUACUGCUGGGCCAAACAGUAUGCAUGUAUGGUGACUUCUUAGGCACUGUUUUAAAUUGCUUUCCAGAAUGGCUGGACCAUUCUCUACCAAUAAGGCAUCAUUGGACCUGUUUCCCACAGCCUCUCCAAAGUUUGCCAUUUUGCUCUUUUGUCAACUUUGCCAAUCUUAUGGAUGUGAGGAAGAACCUUUAAGGUGCAUUUCUCCAUUAGUGAUCUGAAGCAGUUCUUCACAUGGCUAUUGAAAGCUCCUGUUUCUUCCCUUGAGAACUGCCUGUUCAUAUCCAUUUAGCCAUCUGUCAAUUGGGAAUUUCCUCUUACAUUCUUCUAAAUUUGAGUCAUCUCCUUAUACAGCUUGGAAAUAAGACCUUCAUUAGGGAAAAUUUCAUUUCUACUUAAGUUACCCAGAACUUAUUUUCAUCUUAGUCUCUCAUAUUAACUUAAGUGCCUGGCACACAGUAAGCACUUAAUCAAUGUUUACUGGCUGACUGACCAGGGCAAGACCUGCCCUACCCAAUCACCAGUUUGUACAAACAACAACGCCUCAUUGCACUAAAUGCUGUUUGCCUAUCAAAGGUAACCCAAACACAUCUAAGUUAGGGCUCUCUCUCACUGCUGCUGUUCACUAUCCAGUAUUCUCGCCAAAGAAAGCUGUCACUGUGGGGCUGGUUCACUUACAUCUCAUCAAGAGGGAAAGCCACAGAACCGUGACUGCAGGCACUGCUCGUGCCAGGUUGACAAAGGCAGGGUGUACUCCCCGGUGUCUUGGCCCUUUCUUCUGCUGACUUAUAAAAAUGUCCAUGUUUCUAUUUGCUUCCACUAAGCUAGGACCUCCAAGAGGGAGGGUCUCCCUGGACCUGGGCAGAAAUUGCCAAUUUCCAGAGUGCGGUAUUCUAUUUUGUCUCUUGGUGUUUGUGUUUAUCUCAGAACUUCUUAGGUGCCUUAACUGCCCUGAAAAUGUCACCAAGUUUGGGGAAGGCUGUUCAUUCAUAACACUACUAAACAGGGGGUAUUCAUGAGGAGCAGCUACUGACGAACCUUCCUGUAUAACCCACUAACUCAGGUGAAUGUCUCUCAUGUUCUUGGACGACAGCAGGACAGGGAUGGAAUGGGGCUGAAAUGAAACACUCGAGGACCUCAGGAAACAGAAAAGCCCUGACUGCCAAGCUGCUGUUUCACACUUGGAUAAGGGACGAGGGCAGAGGGAGGGAGGGAGAGAUGGCCUUUUUCUAUUCCCAGGGAUGGAGCACGGGUGCCUCCUGUGGGGCAGGGUAUAAGCAAGACUAGAGCCACUUUCAAUUUUUUAUCAUUUGUUAUGAGCUUUCAUUCACUAAGAAGGGACUGAACUGAGAGUAUCCACUAAUGAUUUAUAGCUUGACUUUAUAGGAACUUAUGUUCUUGGGAUGUCAUACUGUAAGACUGAUGAAUGUAAAGAGCUAAUUUCAAGGUACAGUUUGCCUUAAAAGGUUUUUAAAAGAAUAAACUAUUUUUAAAAGUCAA